AAACUCACUAUAUCUCAAUAAACAGUGACGAAGGAACGCUGUAUCCGCCAUUCCUGAGCUACAAUAAGGUAGUGUGUGGCAAGGAAUGUACGUGGAUUAGCUGCAACCUGCAAGCUUGACGAAGAGAAGAAACUUCAUUCCUGUUGUCGAUCUUUUUUUUCUUCAUAAUCUUAUGUUUGCGGCUUGAGUAAGUUGAUCCCUUUUCCCUUCUUAUUUCAUUCAGGCAACUGUUAGUUCUCUCGCUUAAUUUUAAUUAGUUAAUCUGCUGUGUAUAUUGAAAGUUAGGGUUUUUUUUUUUUUUGGGAUGAAAAAUGGUUAAUCGAGAUGAAGAGGAAGUAUUGGAUAGGGUGGAUCUCGAUAAGUAUAGGAAGAAACACAGGUCGAGUUCUCAUCAUCAUAGUCGCCGUGGGAAUGAAAGUGAUUCCUCAGAAUCCGGAGAAGUUAGGGAGGACCGAUCGAAGCACAGAAGCGAAAGGCGUGAUAAGUAUAGCGAACAGAAUGAAGAGGGUGAAAUUAGGGAGAGUAAAGAUAUUAGGGCUACAGGCGAAGAUAAUAGGGAUUCGACGGAUGGGGGUGGAGAUGAUAGUCGACGCCAUGGACGUGAGGAGCGGAGAGAAUCUCGCCCCCGAGAUCAUCAUAGAGAUGAAAAAUCAUCUGAUAGAGAAAAGGAUGGGAGAUUGGAGGAUGAGGGUAUGAGGCAUAAUGAUAGUAGAAGGUCCAAAGCAGAUGCUGAUGGGGGUGACCGAUAUGAGAAUGGCCGUAGACAGCGACAAACUGAGAGUCGCAGGGACAGAGACAGGGACAGGGACAGGGACAGGCGGUUCCGUGAGGAUUCAGGCGAUGAUGAUGGGAGAGACACAGAAACUGACAGGAACGGAGAAAGGCAAUCACGUAGGAAUUUAGACACUGAUGGUAGUGGAGGGCAUAAUCAAGACAGAGAAAAAAAUGGAAGAGAUGAUAAUAGGCAUGACCGGAGGUCUAGAAGUGAGCGGGAAAGCGAUUACAAUGAUACAAAUCAUAAGAAGAGUCGAGAGGAGCGACGAGAUGAUCAAAUGCAUGGAAGAGAGAAGAGCACAAAGGUAAUCAAUGAGAAGAAAGGAGAUGGUAAGAGACUGGAAGAUUCAAAAUCUCAGAAGCCAUCGACGUUACAAGAUGGGAACCCAAAUGGUGAUACAGCAAACUUGGGGAGGAGUGGAGGAGUUUACAUUCCUCCAUUUAAGUUGGCUCGGAUGAUGAAGGAUGUGCAAGAUAAAAAUAGCAUUGAAUACCAGCGGUUGACGUGGGAUGCUCUUCGUAAGAGUAUAAAUGGACUUGUAAACAAGGUUAAUGCGACUAACAUUAAGAAUAUUAUCCCAGAAUUAUUUGCUGAGAAUCUUGUACGGGGUAGAGGGCUCUUUUGCCGGUCAUGUAUGAAGUCACAGAUGGCAUCCCCAGGUUUUACAGAUGUUUUUGCAGCAUUGGUUGCUGUUGUCAACACCAAGUUUCCUGAAGUGGGUGAUCUUCUAUUAAGAAGGAUUGUUUUGCAGCUCAAACGGGCAUAUAAGAGGAAUGACAAGCCUCAAUUGCUGGCUGCAGUUAAAUUUAUAGCUCAUAUUGUGAAUCAACAAGUGGCACAUGAGAUUAUUGCUUUGGAGUUGCUCACUCUACUGCUGGAAAAUCCUACUGAUGAUAGUGUUGAGGUGGCUGUUGGGUUUGUCACAGAAUGCGGUUCAUUGCUUCAAGACCUUUCACCACAAGGCCUCCACGGUAUCUUUGAGCGGUUUCGUGGAAUACUUCAUGAAGGAGAAAUUGACAAGAGGGUCCAGUUCUUAAUUGAAGGCCUCUUUGCAGUAAGAAAAGCAAAAUUUCAGGGUUACCCAGCUGUCCGUCCAGAACUGGACCUUGUGGAGCAAGAAGAUCAAUUAACUCAUGAGUUAUCCCUUGAUGAUGAGAUCGAUCCACGGAUUGCUCUAGAUAUUUUUAAGCCGGAUCCAAAUUUUCUGGAGAAUGAGAAGCGUUUUGAGGAGUUGAAGAAAAGUAUACUUGGGGAGGAGUCGGAGGAGGAUGAAGAAGGCUCAGAUGAAGGCACAGAUGAUGAGGAUGAUGAGGAUGAUGAAGAAGAGCAAGAAGAAAUGAUGCAGAUAAAUGAUGAAACAGAAACAAAUCUUGUAAAUCUACGGAGGACAAUUUAUCUGACAAUCAUGUCCAGUGUUGAUUUCGAGGAGGCUGGUCAUAAGUUAUUAAAGAUCAAACUAGAGCCAGGGCAAGAGAUGGAGUUGUGUAUCAUGCUGUUGGAAUGCUGCAGUCAAGAGAGAACAUAUCUUCGAUAUUAUGGUCUCUUAGGACAGCGGUUUUGCAUGAUCAACAAAAUUCACCAGGAAAAUUUUGAGAAAUGCUUUGUCCAACAAUAUUCAAUGAUUCACAGGCUUGAAACCAAUAAAUUGCGCAAUGUCGCCAAGUUUUUUGCUCAUCUACUCGGAACAGAUGCUCUACCUUGGCAUGUUUUAUCCUAUAUACGUCUGACUGAAGAGGACACGACAUCAUCAUCGCGUAUUUUUAUUAAAAUUCUCUUCCAGGAAUUGUCUGAACACCUUGGAAUCCGGUUGCUGAAUGAACGCCUUACAGACCCUUCCAUGCAAGAAUCUUUCGAGUCUAUUUUCCCAAAAGAUAAUCCCAAGAACACAAGGUUUUCGAUUAACUUCUUUACUUCCAUUGGACUGGGUGGUAUAACAGAAAAUCUGCGGGAGUACUUGAAGAACAUGCCUAGAUUAAUUAUGCAACAACAGAAGGCAGUCUCAGCGUCAGAAUCAGAAUCAGAUUCUGGUAAAUCAGAGUCGUCUGAGUCUAACGACUCAAGUUCUGAAUCUCAAUCUGAAUCUGUAUCUGAGUCAUCGAGUAGUGAUGAUUCUGAAAGUGAAAGGGAUAAGAGACGCCACAAACGUCGCAGGAGAGAUUAAGAUUCUUUGGGUGUGGCUUUGGGGUCAGGGAGCAGAUGCAUUGACAGAAGUACUUGUAGAAGUUGAAACUGCUUAUCCCGGUGCGGGCUUCUAGCCUGAUGGCUAUC